AUGAGGGUGCUACUGCUCAUUAUUCUAUCAUUCCUUUGUUUUUUAGUAUCAUGUACAACUUCAGAUCCAAUUCUCAACGAUUUUCUCCGCUGCCUUACAAAUCAUUCACGGUACUCCACCUACCCAAUCUCUGAAGCCAUUAUCACCUACCAAAACACCUCUUUUCAAUCUGCUCUCUUGGCAUACAUUAGGAACCGCAGAUAUUCCACACCCACAACACCAAAACCUUUGGUGAUUGUAGCAGCCAAGCAUGAAUCCCAUGUUCAAUCGACUGUCAUUUGUGCACAACAACAUGGAUUUCAAAUAAGAACCCGAAGCGGUGGCCAUGAUUUUGAGGGUCUAUCGUACGUGUCAAGUGCCACCCCCUUUGUCAUGCUUGACAUGUCUAAUCUUAGAUCCAUCGAUAUUAAUGUCACGGACGAGAGUGCUUGGGUCGAAUCUGGGGCUACUCUUGGUGAACUUUAUUUCAAUAUUGGAAACAAAAGCAAUAUUCAUGGGUUUCCUGCUGGAGUUUGCCCUACUGUUGGUAUUGGUGGCCAUCUUAGUGGUGGUGGUUAUGGCCCUUUGAUGAGAAAAUAUGGACUUACAGUGGAUAACAUUGUAGAUGCUAAGCUAGUGAAUGUGAACGGUACAAUUCUUGAUAGAAAAUCCAUGGGAGAAGACCUUUUCUGGGCCAUUAGAGGAGGUGGUGGAGCAAGCUUUGGAGUCGUUGUUUCUUGGAAGAUCACAUUGGUUCCAGUUCCAACCAAAGUGACUGUAUUCAAUGUUUUAAGGACCUUGGAACACGGCGCUAUAGAUAUCGUUUACCGGUGGCAAUACGUAGCGCCUAAACUGCCUAAAGAAAUCUUCAUUAGGGCAAUGCUUCAAGUGAAGAAAAAUAGUACUUCAGGUAAGUUGGCUGUGGAAGUGUCAUUCAUCUGUCAUUAUUUGGGAGAUAAUGAGAAACUUCUUUCAUUGAUGAAUCGGAAUUUUCCUGAAUUGGGUUUGCAGCAAAAUGAUUGCUUUGAAAUGAGUUGGGUAGAAUCCACUGUGUUCUGGGGUAACCACCCAAUUGGAACUCCCAUAGCUGUUCUGCUUGAUAGGCCGAUUGGGCCACCAGAUUUCUUCAAGAGCAAGUCAGACUAUGUGAAAGAACCGAUUCCGAAACAUGGAAUAGAAUCCAUAUUGGACUUGAUGCUAAAGACGGGUCUAGAUAAACUGUACAUGGAAUGGAACCCUUAUGGUGGAAGAAUGAGUGAGAUUUCAGAGUCGGAAACUCCAUUCCCUCACAGGGCUGGAAACCUGUUUUUGAUUCAGUAUUUGGGAUAUUGGAAAGAAGACAAGGCUGAGACAGCCCACAGCUACCUAGACUUGAUUAGCAAAAUGUAUCAAGAAAUGACUCCAUUUGUGUCCAAGACCCCAAGAGAGGCCUUCCUAAACUAUAGGGAUCUUGACCUUGGGGCCAGUAAGGGUAAUCAGACUAAAGUUGAAACUGCAAGAGUUUAUGGAAGCAUGUAUUUUAAAGAAAACUUUGAUAGACUGGUACGUGUGAAAACUGCGGUUGAUCCUCAGAAUUUUUUCAAGAAUGAACAGAGCAUCCCACCACUGUAG